AUGCAAAAACUCAACAACCGGGCCGAGAGCCACCUGAGCAGUCAGGUGGAGUGUGAACUGGAGAACCUGGGGAAAAGAGCUUGGGUGAAUCAAGCCUACUGUGGCACUCCUCCACCAGUGCGCUCUAUCAGCACUGUGUAUAACCCACAGCCCCUCUUCCACAGUCCCCUGGACAGCAUGGGUAAACUAAGUGCACCAAACCCGUACCCAGCCGAAGACAGCGUAAGGAACCAGUACUCUGAGAAGAAAAGCUCCGGAUGCUGCUCCUCUAUUUUACGAGCUAUCAAAGGACUGUGGGGAACUACACUGACUGAAGAUACGACAGAGAAUCGAGAACUCUUUGUAAGAACCACCCUCAGGGAGUUACUUGUCUACAUUGUUUUUCUAGUGGACAUAUGUCUGUUGACCUACGGAAUGACCAGCUCCACCACCUAUUACUACACUAAAGUUAUGACUGAUCUGUUUGUGAAUUCACCAAGCGACAGCGGAGUCACAUUCCUGUCCAUUUCCAACAUGGACAAUUUUUGGACUUAUACGCAAGGUCCAUUGCUGGAUGGCCUCUACUGGACCAGUUGGUACAAUAACCAGUCUCUUGAGACUGGGACACACUCCUUCAUCUACUAUGAGAACAUGCUCCUGGGUGUCCCCCGCAUCCGUCAACUGAAAGUGAAGAACAAGUCUUGCAAGGUGCACAGUGACUUUAAGGAGGAAAUCACUGACUGUUUUGAUGUGUACAGUGACAAGAAAGAAGAUGACAGCUCGUUUGGACUCAUCAAUGGAACAGCUUGGCAGUACCACACAGAAAAAGAGCUGAAAGGGUCAAACCACUGGGGGAUGCUUGCCACAUACAGCGGAGGAGGGUACUACCAAGAUCUGGCCAUGACAAAAGAAGAAAGUGCUGAGUUACUGGCUGAUCUUAAUAACAACCUGUGGUUGGACCAUGGAACCAGAGCUGUUUUCAUUGACUUUUCUGCAUACAAUGCUAAUAUCAAUCUCUUUUGUGUUAUUAGAUUAGUGGUUGAAUUCCCAGCCACUGGUGGAGCAAUUCCUUCGUACCAGAUAAGGACGGUGAAGCUGAUUCGCUAUAUUACCAUGUGGGAUUACUUCAUCAUUGGCUGUGAGAUAGUGUUCUGUGUGUUCAUCCUUUACUACAUUGUGGAGGAGAUACUGGAACUCCGCAUACACAAGUUCUCCUACUUCAAAAGCAUCUGGAACAUUCUGGAUGUGGUGAUCAUACUGCUUGCUAUUAUAGCAAUUGUGUUCAAUGUAUUUCGGACCAUCAAAGUGGACAAAUUACUUGGAAAACUAUUGCAAGAGUCCGACAUCUAUGCCGAUUUUGAAUUUCUUGCAUUUUGGCAAACACAGUAUAACAACAUGAAUGCUGUGAACUUGUUUUUUGCUUGGAUCAAGAUAUUCAAGUAUAUCAGUUUCAAUAAAACAAUGACUCAGCUGUCCUCCACUCUGGCCCGCUGCGCCACUGACAUCCUGGGCUUUGCCAUCAUGUUCUUCAUUGUGUUUUUUGCCUAUGCUCAGUUGGGAUAUCUUCUUUUUGGAACUGAGGUUGAAUCAUUCAGCACAUUUCACAAAUGCAUAUUCACACAGUUUCGAAUCAUCCUUGGAGACUUUGACUAUGAUGCCAUUGAACAGGCAAACAGAGUGCUUGGACCCAUAUAUUUUUUCACCUAUGUGUUCUUUGUCUUCUUUGUGUUACUGAAUAUGUUUCUGGCCAUCAUCAAUGACACAUACUCUGAAGUAAAGGAGGAGCUUGCAUCCCAGAAAGAUGAACUCCAGCUCACUGAUAUCAUUAAACAGAGUUAUGCCAAGACCUUCAUGAAGCUGAAACUCAAAAAAGAAAAGAUUUCUGAUGUCCAGAAGGCCUUACGGUCAGGGUCAAAAGAGCUGGAAUUCAAAGACUUCAGAGAAACUCUGAAAGAAAUGGGUCAUGCUGAUCAUGAGAUCUCAGCAGCCUUUUCCAAAUUUGACCAGGAUGGUAAUCAGAUUCUAGACGUGGAGGAGCAGGAAACUAUGAAACGAGAACUGGAGGAGAAAAGGGAUGCACUCAGUGCAGAACUUCAUAAUCUUGGACUCAACUAUGGAAAGAGUGGAAAUUCAGCAGAAGACAAGGAGAAGACAAGAUCCAUCUCAGUGACUCAGGAGCAGUUUCAGAUGUUGGUCAAACAGGUGGUUGAACUGGAAUGUGCAUUAGCCACCACAAUGGCUAAGAUUGACGUGGUCAUGGAGAAACUUGGGCUUCAGGAUGCUGGUAAAACAAACAAAAAAGAGACCACAGGAAAACACCUGACUAUCAGAAAAGAGCAGGAGAGGCCUGCAUCUGGAGGGAAUGUUCUGAUAAACCUAGAGAGAGGUCUGACACAGGACUCACCAUCCUGGUCAUCAGCUGCUCACUUGGAGAAUGCAGCAAGUGGUUUAUAUUCAGACAUAGGCUGGCCCGCUGUCACAGAGAACAGUACCUCUACACGUCACUGAAUCAGAAACGGAGAAAAUGGCAAAUAAAUC